CGGCCGCUGGCGAUACCUGCUACUCAUCUUACUCAGGCGGAGGAAGAGGAACCGUCGACAGUCUUUUGUCUGAAGGAGGAACCUGGCCUAGGACCAUGCUGCUCCUGCGGGUGGCGGCGGUGGCGGUGGUGAUGGCGGCGGCUGCGACCGAGGGCUUCAGCGACCGGCCGACGCGUCACGACCACGGAGAUGGCCUAGCGCUUCGUGGCGACGUAGCUGUGUUAGAAUCCUCUGAUAGAAUCAAAAGGUCUCCUUUUAUCCCUCGCGCUCAGCCUCGGUCCCGCUCUCGGAGGCCGAGCAGAUCAAGGCCCUCCUAUGGCCGGUCUCGUCGUCCGUCAAAAGGACAACGAAGACCUCAGAAAUCUCGACCUAGUAAAGGAAACCGACGUCCUCGCCCUAGCAAAGGACGCCCUCGGCCAUCUUAUGGACCUCCUCCUAAGGCCCCUAGCCCAUCCUAUGGAGCUCCUCCAAAGGCUCCCAGUCCUUCUUAUGGGGCCCCUCCUAAGGCCCCUAGUCCAUCCUACGGAGCUCCCCCCAAGGCUCCCAGUCCUUCCUACGGAGCUCCUCCGAAAGCUCCAAGUCCAUCCUAUGGAGCUCCUCCCAAGGCUCCAAGUCCUUCUCCUAAGGCGCCUAGUGCAUCUUAUGGAGCUCCCCCCAAGGCUCCCAGUCCUUCCUACGGAGCUCCUCCCAAGGCCCCUAGCCCAUCCUAUGGAGCUCCUCCCAAGGCCCCUAGCCCAUCCUAUGGAGCUCCUCCCAAGGCCCCUAGCCCAUCCUAUGGAGCUCCUCCCAAGGCCCCUAGCCCAUCCUAUGGAGCUCCUCCCAAGGCCCCUAGCCCAUCCUAUGGAGCUCCCCCGAAGGCUCCUAGCCCAUCAUAUGGAGCGCCUCCAAAGGCUCCCAGUCCUUCUUAUGGAGCCCCUCCGAAAGCUCCUAGCCCAUCCUACGGAGCUCCUCCUAAGGCCCCUAGCCCAUCCUACGGAGCUCCUCCUAAGGCCCCUAGCCCAUCCUAUGGAGCGCCUCCAAAGGCUCCCAGUCCUUCUUAUGGAGCCCCUCCGAAAGCUCCUAGCCCAUCCUACGGAGCUCCUCCUAAGGCCCCAAGUCCUUCUUAUGGAGCUCCUCCGAAGGCUCCCAGUUCUUCCUAUGGUGCUCCUUCAUAGAGUUGUAUGUGACUGAGAACCAUUAUUUAGAUAUCCCUAUUUUCCUACCCAUAGCAUAGUAGUCAACUUACCUCUUUAAUAACAAUAUAUGAUUCAAAUAGUGACAAUAGGAUUGCUCGGUUACAUCCCCCCUUCAAGAUAUCUCAAAUCAACAUUUUACCAUUUCAGUAUUUUGAAACCCCUAGGUAUUGGAGACAGUGUUUAUCAAGAUAGAAAAGGAGAAUCUGGGAUAUCAAAAUGGGAAUGUGAACGGUGGAGGAUGCAGAGGCACCAUUACAUCCACUGGAGGAGUGGUGGAUUUGUCACUCGAAAGGACAUCGUCAAUGGAAGGAGUAGAAAAGGAAGCCUGAAACACAGAUAACCAAAAAUCACAAGGGGGAUUUUAUAUUUUCCCACAGAUCAUUCCCGAAAAUCUAAAUUGUAGAUAGAGCUUUUUUUCAAUAACUAUUUAGUCUAGUCUUACACAUGUGUCCGUGAAAUAAAGUUCUUUCUACAUAUUUGAUGUACCUUUUGGUGCCUGUAUCCGUGGUGUUUUUUUUUUCGUUGUUAAUAUCUCAUGUUGGGUGCAAUUGUUUGCCAUAGGUUCUAAUGUUACAGUAGGUGAAAAUGAUGGCCCAAUGGACAUGUUACCAUCUACAAGAGUUUAUAAUAAAUGAUACAUAAAC